GUCGGCUCUGUUCUCGCCCCGCCCCCUCCCCGCCCCCUCCCUAGAUAUCGCGAGAGGGCGGGCCCGCUUGGCUUCGGCGUCGGCGUCGCGCCCGCCCUGGAGCCCUAGGCCGGCGUCUCUCAGCGAGCGGCGGGUCAAGUGCUGGCGGCUAAGGGAGCGCGAGGAGCCGCCAAGCCGUUCGGCGUUGGCUCUGGCGUCGGGGUCGUUGUGUCGUGACAACCGCUCCGGUAGCGGUUUCCGAGGCAGCAGGUGCGGCCGCUUUAACCCUGAGCGGGCUCCGCGGCUGCCUGCGAGUCUCUGCUGUGCCCACCCUUCUCUUCGCGGACCCCACGCCAAGCAGCGACCCUGAGCCGACAGCCGGAGCGCCCGGCAAUGGCGGCCUCGACGGCCUCGCACCGGCCCAUCAAGGGGAUCCUGAAGAACAAGACCUCUACGACUUCCUCCAUGGUGGCGUCGGCCGAACAGCCCCGCGGGAGUGUCGACGAGGAGCUGAGCAAAAAAUCCCAGAAGUGGGAUGAAAUGAACAUCUUGGCGACGUAUCAUCCAGCAGACAAAGACUAUGGUUUAAUGAAAAUAGAUGAACCAAGCACUCCUUACCAUAGUAUGAUGGGUGAUGAUGAAGAUGCGUGUAGUGACACUGAGACCACUGAAGCCAUGGCGCCAGACAUCUUAGCCAAGAAGUUAGCUGCUGCUGAAGGCUUGGAGCCAAAGUAUCGGAUUCAGGAACAAGAAAGCAGUGGAGAGGAGGAUAGUGACCUCUCACCUGAAGAACGAGGUAAAAAAAAGCGACAAUUUGAAAUGAAAAGGAAGCUUCACUACAAUGAAGGACUCAAUAUCAAACUAGCUAGACAAUUAAUUUCAAAAGACCUACAUGAUGAUGAUGAAGAUGAAGAAAUGUUAGAGACUGCAGAUGGAGAAAGCAUGAAUACGGAAGAAUCAAAUCAAGGAUCUACUCCAAGUGACCAACAGCAAAACAAAUUACGAAGUUCAUAGAAGAGAUUUGUUCAACACUGCAAUUGUUUGUUAGAUAUAAACCCUGUGACUGUAAUACAUUGCUUCUUGCUCUCCACAAUUCAUGACUUAAGUACCAAAAUGCAUACCAGUUAUUAUAUAUUGCCAAGAAUUAAAUGAUAAACUUAGAGACUGAUUAGACUGAAAAUGCCUAAUUGAUACAUAUAUUCUUGUGCCUAGUACUUUACCACAAAUACAGUGUAAUAUCAUCAGUCCAAAACUGCAUUACUUUUGUAAAAACACUGGUUAAUUUGUAUAAGAUAUAUAGCUUUUUAUGCUUUAGAAGUUAAACAGUAUCUUUGGGGGGGAACUAAUUUAUUUUCAUCACUCUUAACUGUGGUGGUAGCUCUUAUAAAGUUUGUUGAUCUGUUGUUUUUUUUAAAUCAAAAGCCAGUUGAACAACAGGAUAUAUAGACUGAUAAAUAUUCAGGUUGAAUAGUAUUUUAACACUCGUCUUCAACUUGAUUUGUCUGUUUAAUUGAAAAGAAUUAUAAGAGUUACUGUCACAUUUUCUGGCCUACUACCUUUUAAAUUCCUGUUGAGUUUCUUUGUAUUUACAAGGAAAGGACUGAACUUUUUCUCAUCAAAACUAGCUUUUUUCCCCACAAAUAAAUUAUCAGGUUAAACUUCACCAAUGUCUGCUCUGUUUUUUGGGUGUCUUUUUUUUUUUUUUUUUUUUUUUUAAACGUUUUUGGUACACUGGGCAGACUUCAGAACAGUUUUUUAAAAAAUAAAUAUUCUAAUGUAGCUAUCUCACCAUUCCCUUUAAAUACUGGUCUUAACCUCCUGCUUUUAUUUCCUACUCCUUUCUACACACACGCACACAAUCCUUUACCUUUUAAAGGUCAUUAAGAUUGUCACGACAUUAGGGACUUUGUCACUCUUCUGUUGUUUGCUGCAAUGUUGAAAUUCUUACUUUUACCAUCGAUGCCUAUGAAUUCUUCUAAACGUGAAGAAAAUAGAUUGAGUAGCAGCAGCACUAUAGGCAGGAAAUAACAGUUUAACUGCUGAAUUUCUAUACCUCUCUGAUUUACAGCUUACUAAUUAAAUUGCUAUUAUUAGUUUGGCUUAAUUAGACUUAAGAAAACAACUGAGGGGUUUUUUGUUUUUUGAGGGUUUUUUUUUUUUUUUUUGCAUGAGAAUUGUAUGUAACCAGUGAUAUGAUUAUUCCUGAAUGUACAGACAGAAGUAAGCCUGGACAUCGUUUAAUUUAGAAACUUUAAAUAGUCCCUGCUUUAAGGGACUACGGUAAUGUAUACUAUGACAAAUGUACUGUAUUCUUCUAACGCGGUAAGAAUUAUGUAGAAUUUUUCCGUGAGCAAAGUGCAGGAAAGCCCUGGGUGUCUUGCUUUAGUGAUGGCUUCAUUUCUAGCCGUACAGUUGAUGGACUGUGUACAGUUUUCGUUAGUACCAAAAUAAUCUGUUAUAUGACCAGAACAGACUUCUACAAUAAUGUCUGUAUUAUAUACAUAUAUAUGUAUAUAUAUAUGAUGAAGGUUUUUACUGAACAGCUUAUCUUCCACUGGCAGGUUUAUGGAAAUACCAGUGUUUCAGAAUAAAAAGUGGGAGAAUUCUUUGCUGUUAGAGGAAUGUGGUUAUUGUUUUGAUUUUUUUAAAUGACAUAUAAUCAAAGUACUGCUGAAUUAUAAGUGCAGUAUUCUACUAAACAUUUCAGCUAGUAAUACCACUGAUUUAGAAACAAAACUGCUUAUCUCUGCUUUCUGAAUUUGGAAUGUUGGGAUUACCUGUUGAAAUCUGUCUUGGGGGAUUAGAGAUUAAGUCUGUAUAAAUGUGUGCACAUAUAUUCAUGUACCCUCUGAUUUUGGUUUUCUUGUUUCUGAGUUCUUAAGAAAGUAUCCACAUACUCUUUUUUUUUUUUUGUAGAAGUAGCUGUUGUAGAGUGAAGAAAAGGAUAAGACUUUAAACAGUUGAUUCUUUUUGUGUUUUCUGCCAACUGUUUUUUGAAAUUUAAAUCACAAGCGAACUCAUUUUCUGGUUUUUAGAAAGUAGAUGAUUUCAGAGCAGUAAGACAUGCCAAGCAGCGUGCCCAGUGGGGUUUUAGGUUGUCAGGUGCAGCUGAGAAAAGGUAUGUUCAAGUCAUAAGUAGCUAAUUGAUAGGGUAUGAACUAGUCAAAAUAUGAACCAUUAUGAUUCAAGUUAGAUUUUCCUCUAGAGAGACAGAUCUGAAUGUUCAGUUCUAGCCAAGGUAGAUUUUACUUUCAGCUUUUUAAUCAGUAUCACUUUCUGUGCUUAACUCUUUGGGGUUACUUUGUCCAUUUUCAUUUGUCUAAAAUUCUGCAGAGAAGACUAAAAUUUGACAUAAUGGUAUACAUGGAUUGUUAAGGGUAGCUUUCAGUUGAAGAUUAAAGCAAGAUGCCAUUUUCCCCAUGACUUUCAUUUUGUUUACAUUUUUUCCCUUUAAGUUAGUAUAUACUACACAUACUGUAAUAAAAUAACAAUAAUAUGACAA